GGGGUGCGUACACACGCGGUGCAACUCAGCCGGGGAGAAGCCAUGGAGACGAAGAGCGAGACUACGAGGACUAAACCGCUGGCUGUAUUCAUGGCAUUCGGCACAAAAGGCGACGUCUAUCCUAUCGCUGUAACGACUCUGUCUGUCUGCCAUUGCUGCUGCCUUUGCUUGUGAUGAGGAGCAAUAUCAUGUGGUUCUAAUAACACAUUCUGCUCACAAGAAUUUAAUUCCACAUUUGGCAGCAAAAAAUGUUGAAUAUCUUCCAGUUUCAGCUCCACCUGUUCUUUCUCCUUAUGACAACGAUGAUUUUGUGGGGAACCGUAAAACCAAACUUUUCCCUGCAGAAGAAGAGGAUUACUGGAGAACAUAGACAAGAAUGUGUUUUAUAUGCAGAACAGUUGUUUGGUGAUUGCCCAAGCUUGGAGAAUGAUUUCAUUGUGAUGAAUUUCUUCGCAUUGGAAGGAUGGAGCCUUGCAGAACUUUUUCGAGUCCGUUGCAUUGUUGCCGCUCCUUAUGUUAUUCCUUAUAGUGCCCCUUCAUCAUUUGAGUGUUAUUUCAGAAAGGAGCUACCACUUUUAUAUAAAUAUCUUGAAGAAGCUCCUGCUAACAAGGUUGGAUGGAAAGAUGUUAUCCACUGGCUAUGGCCACUUUUUACUGAAGAUUGGGCAUUGUGGAGAAGUGUUGAGUUGAAGCUAAGCCCAUGGCCUUUCAUGGAUCCAGUGACUGGCCUUCCAAUGUGGCAUGAUAGAUCUCCCUCUCCCCUGCUAUUGUAUGGAUUUAGCAAAGAAGUAGUUGAAUGCCCUGGUUACUGGCCUUCAAAUAUUCGGGUUUGUGGCUUUUGGUUUCUUCCUUUGGAGUGGCAGUUCUCAUGCAACAAGUGUGGACAAAUUUCAGCUUUGAUUUCUUCUGGGCAUUUAAACACAAAAUAUGAGAUGUGUUCAGUUCAUGCCAAGCUGGAGUCUUUUUUGAAAACUCCAGCACUAUUGCCCCCUGUUUUUAUAGGUCUCAGCUCUGUUGGAAGCAUGGGUUUUUUAAGAAACCCUCAAGCAUUUCUCGGGGUUCUUCAAACUGUUUUGGACAUCACAAGUCACAGAUUCAUCCUAUUUUCAGCAGGCUUUGAACUUCUAGAUGCUGCAAUCAAGAAAAUUGCUACUGAUAUGUUACCAGGCUCAGAACAAAGACAGUUAAGUGAGGAUGGAAUCUCUCUUUUUGGUGGCAGACUUUUUUGCUUUUCUAGGUCUGUACCAUACAAGUGGCUGUUUCAAAGAUGUGCUGCUGCAGUUCAUCAUGGGGGCAGUGGAUCUACUGCUGCGGCAUUGCAUGCAGGAAUUCCGCAGGUAGUUUGCCCUUUCAUGCUGGAUCAAUUUUAUUGGGCUGAGAGGAUGUUUUGGCUUGGAGUUGCUCCAGAACCAUUAAAAAAAGACCACCUGCUUCCAGAUGAAAAUGAUGAGAUGCGCGUGAGGGAAGGUGCAAACAUGGUAGCAGGGGCCAUAAAUUAUGCAUUAUCUCCUGAAGUGAAAGCCCAUGCAACAGAGAUUGCUGAAAGGCUUUCUCUUGAGGAUGGAGUGUCGGAAGCUUUAAAAAUCCUCAAGGAAGAGAUCAAUUGUUCUAACUCUACAAAGCACUAACAUUUGUCUCUUGGGAGCAAAAACCCAUCAGAUGUAAUUUCUUGUUCCAGAUCAAAUCGCACGCUUGCUUUUGAGAACUGAUACAACAGUAAUUUGGAGAUUAUAGGACAUGAAUUAUGUCAGUGUUCAACUAUAACCCACAGGCCCACAAUGUGGUAGUUGUGAACAACGCUGGUUACAACAGCUGCAAUGCCCCGCC